UUCAUUCGCGUGGUAUUUUUAAGUGUUUACACCGCGGUCACACAAUUCUACAAACAUAAACAAGAAAUUAUUUUAUCUUUAUAAAAUACAAGAAAAUAGCCAUGCCAAUUCCUUCUGCAAGAUGGAAAUUCAUUUCAAGGAAGAAAACUCCAUCCUGAAGGAGGAACUCUGCGAAAGGGGUGGCAUGAGCUUGGAUUGUGACCAAGAAAUCGAAGCUCAAAGGAUUCAUUCUAAAGUAAAAAUAGAAGCACUCGAAGAAGACUUUAUGGAGAAUGAAGAACCAAAAGGCGACGAGUUUCCCGAUGUUCAAGUGAAGAACGAGCCACUGGAAGAAGACCCAGUUUCUGUUUAUGAAAUCAGCGAAUUUGACAUCCAGGUAAAAUGCGAGGAGUCCGAGGAUAAUUCAAAUCAAACAGAUGAUUACUGUGAUGAUAUAAAUGAUGGAAAUGAUAAAAACGAGGAGGAAUAUCCUGUGAGAGCUCCAAAAGUAGCGUACAACUGUCCCCACUGCCAGAAGAUAUUUGAACACAAGGGCCAUUUUGAGGGGCACAUCCGUACCCACACGGGUGAACGACCCUUCAAGUGUUCCCACUGCCAAAAGUCUUUUUCACAAUUGGGAAAUCUUCAACUACACAUCCGGACCCACACUCUCGAACGACCCUACAAGUGUUCUCAGUGCCAGGAGAGUUUUUCGCGUAAUGGACAUCUUCAGCGACACAUUCUGUCCCACACAGGAGAACGUCCUUACAAGUGUUCCGACUGUCCGAAAUCUUUUUUGACAAUUGGCGACCUUAACCGACACUCGCGGAAACACACAGGAGAACGACCCUACAAGUGUACCCAUUGCCAGGAGACAUUUGCACUAAGCCAAAGCCUUCACCUGCACAUUCUGUCCCACACAGGAGAACGUCCCUACAAGUGCUCCGACUGCCCAAAGUCUUUUUUGAUAAGCGGAGAUCUUAAGCGCCACAUGCGGACACACACAGGAGAGCGACCCUUCCAUUGUUCCCACUGCCAGGAGACCUUUUCACUAAAGCAUCAUCUCCAGCUGCACAUUCGAACCCACACAGGAGAAAGACCUUUCAAGUGCUCGCAGUGCGAGAAGUCUUUUUCAUUAAAGCAAACUCUUACACGCCACAUCCAAACACACAAAAGAAAAACAAACUAAACAAACCUAGGUUUUCUAAUAUCGGUCUCCAUUGAUUGAAGAUUGUUUAUCUGGAAACUAUUGUAAAAACGGUUUUUUAAAAAGCUUAUAACCCAAACAAAAUCUAAUUUUAAUAACUUUUUAGCAUAAGAUGUAAAAUAUGCAUCGCCUUUAUAAGGAAUGUUAAAUUUGUUGGUUAAAUUUUUGGAAAUUUGACCGUACACUAUAAUAAAUGUACUAUAAUUCAAAAGUU